AUGGGUGAUGAAGAGACAAAAAUUUUGGCAAAAUCCCAUCCCAUGGUUGGUGGAGAUGGAGCUCGAAGCUAUGCUAAAAAUUCGUCCUACCAGAGGGCAGUGAUGAAUGCUACCAAGGAAAUGGUAGAAGACGCCAUAGCUGAUAAGCUUGACUUCAAAACCCUGGAAAUUGAAGCUUCCAAAACAUUUCAAAUAGCGGAUUUGGGAUGCUCCACUGGCCCCAACACCUUCAUUGCCGUGCAAAACAUUAUAGAAGCUGUUGAACAAAAAUACCUUAUUCAACGACAAAACCCUAAUUCAGCCCUAGAAUUCCAGGUCUUUUUUAACGACCAUAACGAUAAUGACUUCAACACUCUCUUCAAAACCCUUCCUCCUGAACGAAAGUACUUUGCCACUGGUGUCCCGGGUUCUUUUUAUAGCCGCUUGUUUCCCGAGAAAACGCUUCAUUUUAUACACUCCUCCUAUUCACUGCACUGGCUUUCCCGGGUUCCAGAAGAGAUUGUUGAUAGUAAAUCUCCAGCAUGGAAUAAAAGCAGUAUUCAAUGCACAGGAUUGGUGAAAGAAGUCACUGAGGCGUAUGCAGCUCAGUUCAACAAUGACAUGGAGAGUUUUCUAAACGCUAGAGCUCAAGAACUUGUGGGUGGAGGAUUAAUGGUGAUUGUAAUAUCAAUAUUGCCAAAUGGGAUCCCCAUGGCUAAAACUGCUGAGGGUAAAAUUUAUGAUUUGCUUGGAUCUUGCCUCAUUGACCUAGCCAAAAUGGGGUUGAUUGAUGAAGAAAAAGUGGACUCCUUCAACUUCCCUUUAUACUAUCCGACUUGUGAGGAGAUAGAGGCUAUCAUACGGAGAAAUGGAUUGUUCAGCAUUGAGAGAAUGAAAAUAUUCGCUCCCGUUGUACCAGGAGAAAUGACUUUUUCUGCAGAACGUUCUACUGCACAAAUUAGAGCGGUGUUUGAGGGACUGAUCGAGGAGCAUUUCGGCCAUGAGUUUAUUGACCAGUUGUUCAUCAACUUCACCAGGAAGCAGCUUGCUGAGAAUUUCUUAAAAUCUGAUGAUUUGAAAAACCAUAACAAGAUUGAUUUAUUCAUCGCACUCAAGCGAAUCAAUACGAUAGAUUCUUAUUGGAGUAUGUAA